GUAAGAUUUUUGAAAUUAAACGGAUCUUGAGCAUAGUAAUAGAGAUCAAACCAAACAAAACGGUUUUUGAAAUUUAGUUGAAUGAAGUGAUAUUCAUAUAUUGAAUCAUGGAUUGGAUACAUGUUAUUAUUGAAUGGAUUAAUUGUUUAAAUGUAUUAGAAACACCAAUUACAGAAAUACAAGAAUUACAAGAGAAACAGUUAUAUGGACAGUUAAUUAAAUCAUUGUCUUUGAGGAAGGAUAUAAAUGGAUCCAAUGAUAAAGAUAUCCUUAUCACAUUUAUUAAAGAUGAAUUUCCUGAAUUUCAAAUUAAUAAAGAUAAAGAUUAUCAAUAUCCUGAAGAUGUAUAUAUUAUAUCGUUAUUACUAUCUUAUGCAUGUCAAAAUGUUAUUUAUCAUCAACCAAUGUGUACAAAGUUACAACAAGAAAUACAAAUUAAAAUCAAAUCUUUUCUUGAAAUAGUAUUACCUUAUGGAAAAUCUAUUUCUAUUGAAAUAUUAAGAGAUGCUAUCAUGGAGUUAUCAGAUUCUGAGAAUAAAAAUAUAUUGAAAACACCAAAUACACGUCCUCUUAAAGAAUUUUUUAGUUCUCCAGUAAUACGUUCCGCUCAAAGUCAUAGAAUAUUAAACGAAAGAAAUCAUGAAUUAAGACUUUUAAAAUCAGAAUUAGAAGUGGAGAGGUUUGAAAAAGCAGACCUUCAAGAAGAUUUAAAAAUUGAGCAAAACAAAGUACAGAGUUUAUUGAAACAAUUAGAAGAAAAAUCCGUAGAAAUAAAAAAUUUAAAAGAAGAAAAAAUAAAAUUUGUAUCUCCACGAUCUUGUAAAAAAGGAAAGAAUGCAUUGUACAAUGAAGAUUAUUAUAAACGAGAAAUAAAUAAAUUGGAAAAUCAAUUGAUCCAAUAUCAAGAUAGUAUUAUAAAGUUAGAAGACCAUAAAACCACUAUUGCAGAAAAAUUAACAUUUGUAGAGAAAAAAAAUGUAAGUCUUAAUGACAAAUGUAAUGACUUAGAAAGAUUCAUAGAAGUAUUAACAACAGAGAUGGAGUCGAAAAACAAAGAAAUAAUAGAUCUUAAAAUUAGUAAUGAAGAUUUACGUACGCAUUUAAGAAAAUUAAAUGGAACAUCAGUAGAAGACAGUUUUGAAAUCGAUGGUAUUGUAUCAGAAAAUUCUUUUUUGAUGCCUUUAAAUACAAGUGAAACUUUAAGUUCUGUGAUUGAUAUACAACUUCAAGAAGCAAAAAAUGAAAAUAUUUUAUUAAAGACACAACUUAAUCAGUUAAAGGAUAAAUUCGAAAUAACUUCGAAAGAACAUGAAAAUUCUAUGCAGUUAAUUUCAACUUUGCAAAAUGAAGUGAAAAUGUUAAAUGAUAUACAAGUAGAAUUAAGUAAUGCUCAGAAAAAAAUAUUGUCUUUAGAGGAAAAUAACAAAGCUUUGCAAGAUUAUAAAAUAUUACUUAAUAAUCAAUGUAAGAGUUUAGAAGAUUUAUUAGUACAUAAAGACGAACUUCUACUGCAAGGUGAAAAAUAUGAAAAAGAAUUACAUGAAAAAAUAGAAAAUUUGAACAAAGCAUUACAUGUUGAAACUGUAAAAUCUUCUGAUUUAAAAACUGCUCUAGUUCAAGUAGAAUGCCUUGCAAAAGAACAUGACAAUAUUUUAAAAUUGAUUGAAUCUAAGGAUACUGAAAUAAGUACUUUACAUUUGAAUAUAAAAAACUUAAAUGUGGAAAAAGAUCGUUUAAUCCACAUACAGAAAGAAAGUGAUAAUAAGACAAAAGAAUCUAUUAUAAAAUUAGAAACGCAAUUAUUAAAUAAACAACAUUUAUUAGAACAAUUGAACAUAGAAAUAAAAUUAAAAGAUGAAACAAUAAUGAUAUUACGAUCGCAAGUAGAUAAAUUGUCUAAAGAAACAAUUGCAUCAGAAAUGAAAAUGAAAGAAAUUAUUAUAAAUAUUCAUAAAGUAAAAUCUAUUCAGGAUAAUGUAUUAACGAAACAAGAAAAAGCUUUAAAAGAAAAAUUCCUACAAUUAGAACACAUGCUAACUCAGCUUAAUCAGGCAAAAGAAAUGCUUUGUUUACAGUUUGAAAAUGAAAAAUCAUUAAAAAUUAAUUUAGAAUGUAAACUUACUAACAAGGAUAUUAUAAUUACUGAUUUAGAGAAUGAUAUUAGUGAAUUGCAAGAGUCUCUUAAAGUAAAAACUGAUGAGCUUAAUACAUAUAAAGAAUGUCAUAGUACUGCAAAUAAAAAAAAUAAAGAAAUUGUGAAAAAGUGCAAAGAAUUAAAAGACUAUAUUACAAAAUUGAAGUCUACAUCUUCACAACUUUCAGAUUAUACACAUGCAUAUGAAAAUAUUGUUGAGAAUAUAUCAAAUACUUCACAGAUAAAUGAUGAUGACGAAUUCAAUAUUAUAUCAGAUAUAAUGCUCUUUGCUAUAGAUGAUAUCAAAGCAAUUAAAGAAAACGUAUUAUGUUUUUCUACAAAAAAUAAAAAUUUAGAAAAAAUCAUAAAUGAUCAAAACAAGAUUAUAAAUGAAAAUGCAGAAGUUCAAAAUGAAAAUACAAUAUUGAAGCAGAAGGUACAUGAUUUUGAAAUGUCAGAACAAAAUUGUAAGAGUUAUAUUCAAAAUAGCAUUAAAGAAAAGGAAAAAGUACAAGAGAUUAUAUCAAAAGUUGUUUUAUCAUUGGGAAAUUCGAAUGACUCAUUUAUUUCUUUAAAACAAAAAUGGAAUCAAGCAUUAAAUGAAUUUAAUAAUUUAUCUUUCAUUAACAAUCUUAAAUGUCAGGAUAUAGAACAAUUACAAACAAAAAAGAAAACUCUCCAAAAAAUGUUUAAUGAAUAUGAUAUUAAUCAUUUUCAAACUAUUAAGUCUGUAGUUGACAUUUUAUGGAAAAAAAUUUAUAAUAUGGAGCAAAAAUUAAUGGACACUUAUUUACAAUGUUUAAAUGAUAAUAAAAAAAGUUUCACCAUUGAAUGUAAUAUAGAAGAAAAUUAUGUUAAAGAGGAAGAAAUAAUGAAAGAAUUAGAAAACAUUGGCGAUAUGUGCAAUGAUAUUACUAAAUCUGAAAAAGAAUUAGAAGUUUUUAUGCAUUCAAUUAAUUCAUAUAAAAAGGAUUGUGUAGCUAGCCAAGUUAAACAACAAAUUGGUAGUGAAAAAAAACUGCAAUUACAAAUUGAUCAAUUAACAAAAGAAAAAAAAGAAAUGAAGAAUAAAUUAGAUAUAAUGAGAGUAAGAAAUGCAAAAUUAGAAAGAACUUUGGAAGAACUUAGAAUUGAAAAUAAGAAGAAUAAAGAAGAAACACAUCAUAAAUCUCAACUGACUAAUUUAGAUGAUUUGAAGAAGCAAAUUACACAGUUAAAGCAAGAUAAUUUAUUGUUACAAAAAGAAAGAGAUAAAUUACAUGAAGAGUUACAAGAGUAUGCUAAAAAGAAAAUGUCUGAAAUUCAAUUAAAGGAAAUUCAUAGUAAAUAUGAAAUGAAAUUAGAAGAAAUGAAACAACAAAUGAAAAUAGCUUAUAAUGAGCAAAUAAUGAAAUUAAACAAAGAACAAGAAAAAGCUAUAGAAGGAAAAGUAGAACAAUUACAGUCAAAAUUGGAACAGCAAUGUCAGAAGCAUAAAGAGGAAAUAACUAUAUAUAAAACACAUGUCAAUGAAUUAAAUUCACAGUUUUGGAAUGUUGGAGAAAGAUUAUUAACUGCACAGCAAGAAAAACAAGAAGUUUUACAACAAUUGAACGAACUUAAGGUUAAAUUACAGAAUCAAAUAGAACAAAGAACUACAAACUUUUCUAUACAUCAUAGAACUAUUAAAUUAGAAAAGCAAGAAAUUCCUUCAGAAAAUAGUAUGCAAGAGAAAUCACAUAUAGUUACAAAAGUAUUGACAGAAGAGAAUACAUAUGAAAAACAAAAUAGCGCGAGAAAUAUGCAUGCUAUGGUCAAUGCCUUUAAUGCAGAGGAUGAAGAAGGAGAAGUUUUUGAUAAUAUUUACUUAGCGGAUAUGAAAGAAGGUCAUGGUUUUCCUACAGUAGACUUUGAUCGUCUAUCUGCAUUACAAAUGAGAAAUUCCCUUUGCAAACCACAUUUGAAAUCAUCUUAUCCAGCUGAAACACAAUUUCAACCAUUAUUUUUUACUGAAGAAGAAAUAAAAACGGGUUCAGUUUCAGAAGAUGUAUUUAAUGAUAGUCUCAGUCAAAGCCUCCUUCCUGAACAAAAAACUAAAAGAAAAGAUAGAACACAAACGUCCUAUAAAAAACCAGGUCCUCCAACACCUAGCAAAAAUGGAGGCAGAUUAUCUUUACAUGGUAAUGAAUUAAGAAGCCCAAAUUCAAGAAUUUUAAAAGAACGAAAUGCUGAUAGAAGGGCAACAGCAACACCGCGUCGAAGUAAAGGAAUAUUUAAUUUAAGACGUCAAGAUGAGAAUUUUGCAGGUACGCCUAGAACACGAAAAUUAAGUAAUAUGUUUCGGAAGCAACGUACAACUUUGGAUUAAUAAUAAUGGACGCAAAUGUAAAAAAGAAGAUACUUUUUAAGAUAGCUGAAACGGGCAAGAAUGAAAAUC